CAGAUGAGAAAUAGAAAUGACAAUUCUUUAGUCAAUGAUUUAGACAUAUGUGGUAUUUCAAGAUCCCAUUCUUAAACUAAGCUAAGAAACAAAUCCAAUAAUGUUAUAGAAAAGACUUAAUAAAAUGAGAAUGUAUUUGUUAAUUAAACUUUAGACUGAUAAAAAUUUAUUAUCCAAGAAAGACAAAGAAGAUCUUCAAAGUUCUGUUUAAUUAAAUGAUUUAAAUAUUUUAGGUCUCAAAGAUUUUUAUUAGGGAUCUAGUGACAAUAAUGUGGAAAUCAAAACUAAAAUAAAUUAAGAAAAUUAUGAAAGUCCACUGUUUGAUUUUUAAUAAAAUGAAUAGUUUAACACUACAUUGGAUUAAUUAGGCUUAAAAUUAAAUGAAGUGAUUGGUCACUAUCUUUGUGAACUUACUACUUAACCUAGAGUUUCUUUAGAUUCGUUUCCAUUGUAAAAUAGUGAAAAUUUAGAUGAAGAACAAUAACAAUAAAUUCUAGAUUCUGAAUUGAAUGCUUUUAGACAACGAAUUUAUAAAGUAAUAUUUUUGACUAUUAUUCAUAGCAAAUUGUAGACAAAAUAAAUCUUUCUGUUAUCUAAUCUGUAUAAUCGUUUGGUUCAUCAUGCCAAUUGAAUUCAUAAUCUAAUAUCAUUCCAACAGCCUUUUCUAAAGAACUUAUAAAUAGUACAUCUCAAAUUACACAAAUUUCACAAAAAUCUCUGUCUCAUUCUAUAUUUGAUUUAUAAUCAUAGCUUCACUAAAGUAUACAUUACAUUCAAUCAAAAAAUAACAAAAAGACUGAAGAAUCAUUUAAUACUCUUUCUGAAAGUGUAGUAUCUAAGGAAGAAUUGCAAAAUAAACUUAAAAUUUCAUUAAAUUUAAAUUAUUAACAAUAAUAAGCUAAUAAUUAAUUAAAAGAAGAACUGUAAAAAUUAGAAGUAUUUAAUUUUUAAUAAUUUUCAAGAAAAAAAAUUAAGUUUCAGAAAACCCAGAAGAAGGACAUAUUAUUGAAAAUUAAAAAUUGAAAGAACAAAAUUAAAAAUUAAUUGAAUUCAUUUCAAGAAUUUGUGAUAAAUGUAAAACGCUACCCAAGAAUUUUUGA